AGGCGGGAGUGAAGGAAUUUGUGAGGAACUGAAAGCAGGGGAGGGCGGCGAAGGGGAGAGGGAAGAGUGCCGAGCAGAGAGCAAGGUUACACGUGAGAGCAGUCCAGAGAACGAAAGUAAGAGAGACAGAGGAGAGAGAGAGAGAGAGAGUAGCAGGACAGGUACGCUGGUGUGGAUUAUGGAGUUGAGAAGGUUUCAGUCUUACCUCACAAGUUAAUUACCUGUUGCUCACUGGAGGACAAGAACAAAGAAAAGUGGAGAACAAAGAAAGAGUAAACUAAGGGCAACGGAGAAAGAGAGAGAGGCAUAGGGGGAAACCAGGGGUAGAGGGCGACAGAGAGAGGGGGGAACCAUGGGUAGAGAGAAAGGGAAGGACAACAGUUGAAUGUUGACAGAGGGAGUGUGGAUAUUAAUCGGGAGAUAAACAAAAAGGAGGAGAGAGAGGGGGGAGAAAGAAAAAAACAAAUAGAUACACAUUGACAGAGUGGACUGGACUUCAAUGAAGCACUGACAUCAGCAAAAUAAAAGGGGAGAAAGCAGGUCACUGCAGUCCGAAGUAGGUGCUGUGCACUGUAGUUCCUUAAGCACGCUUACUAUGCAACAGGAGUUAGGACAAGCAAAGACAGACAUUCACUACACGAUUGAACCAUGUUGCUGAAGGAGUAUAGAAUAUGCAUGCCACUAACUGUGGAAGAGUAUAAGAUUGGGCAGCUGUACAUGAUCAGUAAACACAGUAAUGAGCAGAGCGGAGGAGGGGAGGGAGUGGAGGUGGUGAGGAACCAACCAGACACACAUCCCCAACAUGGCCUGGGACAGCUCACUGAGAAACGCAUCUACCUCAAUAGUAAACUGCCAUCCUGGGUGAGUGUGUUUGUCCCCAGGGUCUUCUAUGUGACAGAGAAGGCCUGGAACUUCUACCCUUACACCAUCACAGAGUACUCAGUCUCCUUCCUUCCGAAAUUCAGCAUCCGUAUUGAGACCAGGUUUGAGAACAACAAUGGUGACAACAAUAAUGUGAGUAUGACUGAAGGAGAGAGAGAAGAGGGGAGCGUGAGCCACCUGGAUAUCCUCAUUGACCCCAUCCCUGACAAACACUACAAGGAGACAGAGGACCUGAGCCGCUGGGUGUCUGAGAAGACGGGCCGAGGCCCCCUGGUGGAAGGGUGGCGUAAGGACAGCACCCCCAUCAUGUGCUCCUAUAAGAGGGUGCAGUGCAGUUUCGAAGUCUACGGCUUCCAGGGAAAGACUGAGGACUUCAUACACAGGAACAUCCAGGACAUCCUACUGGUGGGGCACAGACAGGCUGUGGCCUGGACAGACGAAUGGCACGGGAUGAGUUUGGAGGAUGUGAGAGAGUAUGAGCGACAGAUACAGGAACAGACCAACAGCAAACUCAAAUCAACCCAGAACAACAACACAGCAGCCCCUCGUCCGGCGUACUCGCGCUCUAUGUCCGUCACAGAUGAGCGCUCUCUGAAGAAGAUGGGAGUGAAGACUAUGGCCAUGUCAGACCCCUCCACCUCCACACUGCCUCAUAGCACUGUCCGCCUUAACUCCACCCCCGAGUAACACACGUUCAUACUGAUGCAUCAAUUCCUGCCUGCUUAAACCCCUCCGUGACAGUAACUACACUGCAGCAGUUCCUUUUUGUUUUACAGCCAUCCACCACAGACACAUUUAACCAGUAAAGCUACACUGUCCACAGAAGCAGCACUUAUACCACUCAGGUCCUACCCCUUUCUCCAGCUGUAACUAUAUAACCCAACCCCCUGUCCUACCCCUUUCUCCAGCUGUAACUAUAUAACCCAACCCCCUGUCCUACCCCUUUCUCCAGCUGUAACUAUAUAACCCAACCCCCUGUCCUACCCCUUUCUCCAGCUGUAACUAUAUAACCCAACCCCCUGUCCUACCCCUUUCUCCAGCUGUAACUAUAUAACCCAACCCCCUGUCCUAUAUAACCCAACCCCCUGUCCUACCCCUUUCUCCAGCUGUAACUAUAUAACCCAACCCCCUGUCCUACCCCUUUCUCCAGCUGUAACAAUAUAACCCAACCCCCUGUCCUACCCCUUUCUCCAGCUGUAACUAUAUAACCCAACCCCCUGUCCUACCCCUUUCUCCAGCUGUAACUAUAUAACCCAACCCCCUGUCCUACCCCUUUCUCCAGCUGUAACAAUAUAACCCAACCCCCUGUCCUACCCCUUUCUCCAGCUGUAACUAUAUAACCCAACCCCCUGUCCUACCCCUUUCUCCAGCUGUAACUAUAUAACCCAACCCCCUGUCCGUCCCCUUUCUCCAGCUGUAACAAUAUAACCCAACCCCCUGUCCUAUAUAACCCAACCCCCUGUUCUUGAGUUUGCAUCCCAAUAUUAUACUUUAUAUACAUGAAAGUAGCCUGAAAUAUUAAAAACUGUUUGACAUAGAAAGACCAAUUUUCGGCAGGUAAAAAAAAAUGAAAUGAUGAAUAACAUUCCACCCAUGUGGCCUCUAGGUAAUUUGACUGCAGGAAAAGGCUACUAGAGUGGAUAUAAUGGUGGGGGAGUGCCGUGGCUCCACAGAGCCCCCAUCCCAUUGGUCAGACUGGGGUUAUUGAUCCGGUGUAUCGAGGCGCUGUAUUGGCUGCUUGAUCGUUCUGCUCCAUGCAGCAAAUGGCUGAAACAGGGCUAACCUUCACUGAUGAGUCAAUAGGAUGGCUGUUUUAAACAUGAUUAACUUCUGAUCUAUGGUAUUGGCUGCAACAUGACCUCUGUAUAGGCUGUGGAAUAAUCUGACAUACAGGAUGAAUAUAAUUUAUAACUAGUUUUAUAUUGACACAUUAUACAUAUACUGUAUAUUUGGCUGUUUAGUCUAUUGUAAUGAAAGUCCAUUGUCAGCUAUGUACCUCUUUUAUGAAUGAAUAAAAGCCUUUAUCUCCUGUA